ACUUUCAAUGCACAGAACUACGAGGAUGAGCCAUUUCCAGGGAGUCAGUACUCGACGCCGGCCAAAUCAAGAACAGCAUCAGAAAGCUGGGACGAAUGCGGCGUAGAAGGAGGUGGAGGGACAAUGAGCUACGAGACCGACGAUCAGAAAUCCGUCACCGGACACUGCAUCAACAACAUCACAGUUCUCCAUAGUUCCCCCGGCGUUGGAGUAACAACAACGACGACAGCAGCAGAACUCUACAAAUCAAGCAGAGGACUAAACUUUGCAGACUUCAAAUCGUCAUCCUCCUGCAACAACCGCUCCCGCGCAAUAGCAGACUUCGAAGCUCAGAAUCGAAAGAGCAAGAUCCAUUCCAACAUCGUAGUUCCAUUGACUGAUUCCCACGCUUCCGUCCAGUCUCAGCCGAGGAGCAAAGGAAUGAUGUCGUGCCUGUUUCCGAAGCUGAGGACGAAGCCCACGAAGAACGUAGCUACCACUUCGCCGGUGAGAACAGAGUCCGAGGAGGUCUCGCAGGCAUUCGGGGAACUGGGUUUGCUGUCGAUCGAGAAUCUGCGGAGGGAGUUGAGGGAAUCGAAUGAAACUAGGGACGCAACAUUGACAGAAGUCGCGGAGACGAGAGCUUCGUUAGGCCCACUGAGGCAAAAGAUCGAACACCUGGAGGGCUACUGCGAGGAGCUUAAGAAGGCUCUGAAAUCCGCCACGAGAUCCAAAGGGCGAGCCAAAUCAAUCGAUGGGUACUCACAAAACAACAACUCGAAUCAUCAUCCAUCCAUUCUCCCAGUGACCGACGAAGCAAUGGUGGAAGGGUUCCUCCAAAUGGUGGCCGAAUCCAGACUCUCAGUCAAACAAUUCUGCAAAGCCCUAAUCUCCCAAAUCGAAGACGCGGCCGAUUCCCCACUCAUCGAAACCCUGCUCUUUGUGCAUUCCAACCACUCCAAAACCAUCCUCCACCACCUGGAAUCCAUAAUCAACGACACGAUGCACCAGGACUUCGAGAACUCGGCGUUCCACAACAACGGCGCGCCGAAGCACCUGGACCCGCAGCAGGAUCGGUUUGGUUUGGUUUUAGUUAGCGGGUCUGGUCGGGUUUGGGUAGAGGUUUGGUUAGGUUUAGCUGACAUGGCGGGUUUAAAUGACGUGGCGGGUCGGGUCAGUCAAUUUUGGAGUUAA